UCCCCUCCAGCCUCCAGCCUCCAGCCUCCAGCCUCCAGCCGGCCGGUCGCCAUGGCGACGGCGUCGUACGACCAGCUGGCCCACCAGGUGGAGGCGCUGCGCCAGGAGAACUCCAGCCUGCGGCGCGAGCUCAACCACAACGUGCAGCACCUGAGCAAGCUGGAGAGCGAGACCAGCGGCAUGAAGGAGGCGCUAAAGCAGCUGCAGAGCAAGCUGGAGCAGGAGGCGGGGUCGUUAGCAUCGUCCGGACGUAGCGACGUGCUACAUCAGCUCAAAGAGCUGCACAUGGAUCUGACCAAUUACUACGAGUUGCGGCGGCCGGUGGGGGGCGGGGCCUCGGAGCUGACCACGCCCACCUGCGAGGAGCCGCAUCACUUCCUGGACGGGGCCCCGCCCACCAUCAGCUGCGGCGGCGGCGACGGCCGGCCCGGCGCGCUGGAGGAGCUGUACCGGGAGAGGGAGCUCCUGCUGGGCGAGACGGACCGCGACGAGCGCGAGCGCCGCUGGUACUUCAGCCAGCUGGAGGCGCUAACGCAGCGGCUAGCGCAGCUGCCGCGCAUCGACGCGUUCUCCCUGCAGAUGGACCUGAUCCGCCAGCAGCUAGCUUGCGAGGCGCAGCAGCUGCGCGCCGCCAUGGAGCGCCGCUUCGGCUCCCAGCAUGCCUUGCAGCGUGCGCAGGUGCGCGCGGCGCGGCUGGAGCAGCUGGAGAAGGAGCUGCAGGAGGUGCGGGGCACGCAGGAGAGCCAGGUGCAGCUGUGCGGCGCCGAGCGUCCGCCCGCUGGAGAGCCGGAGAACUGCAACUCGGAGAGCUCCGACGGAGGGAACAAGGUGGAGGCGGUGCUGUGGCUGCUGUCCCUGCUGGCGGGCCGCGACCCGGAGGACCUGUCGCGCACGCUGCUGGCCCUGUCCAGCUCCCAGGACAGCUGCCUUGCUCUGCGGCGCUCGGGCUGCGUGCCGCUGCUGGUGCAAAUCCUGCACGGCGACGCCGGCGACGGCCCCGCCCCCGCCGUGAGCCGCGAGGCCAAGUCGCGGGCGGCGGCGGCGCUCCACAACGUGGUGUGCUCGCAGGCCGACGAGGGGCAAGGCAGGCGCGAGGCGAGGGUUCUACUCCUGCUGGAGCAGAUCCGCACGCACUGCGACAGCGGCUGGGACUGGCUGGAGGAGCGGCGGCAGCGCGGGGACGCAGGUGGGCGGGGCGCCCCGGAGCCGCUGGACCCGCAGCUCGUGCAGGCCACGUGCGCGCUCAUGAAGCUGUCCUUCGAGGAGGAGUACCGCCGCGCCAUGAACGAGCUAGGCGGGCUGCAGGCGGUGGCCGACCUCAUCCAGCUGGACCAGGAGCUGUACGGCGCCCCCGGCGACCCCGUCAACCUCAGCCUGCGGCGCUACGCCGGCAUGGCCGUCACCAACCUCACCUUCGGGGACGUGGCUAACAAGGCCACGCUGUGUUCGCGGGCCGCCCCGCUGCAGGCGCUGGUGCGGCAGCUGGAGUCGGACUCGGAGGAGCUGCAGCAGGUGGUCAGCAGCAUCCUGAGGAACCUGUCCUGGAGGGCGCCGGUCAGCAGCCGCCGCCUGCUGCGCGACGUGGGCUGCGUGGCCGCGCUCACCGCCUGCGCGCUCAGGGCCACCAAGGAGUCCACCCUGAAGAGCGUGCUGAGCGCCCUGUGGAACCUGUCGGCGCACAGCGCGGAGAACAAGGCGGCGCUGUGCGCGGUGGACGGCGCGCUGGCCUUCCUGGUCAGCACGCUAACGUACCGCUGCCAGACCAACUCGCUGGCCAUCAUCGAGAGCGGCGGCGGCAUCCUGAGGAACGUGGCAUCCCUGGUGGCCACCCGGGAGGACUACAGGCGGAUCCUCCGGGCCCACGCCUGCCUGCCGGCCUUGCUCGCCCACCUGCGCUCGCCCUCGCUCACCAUCGUCUCCAACGCCUGCGGCGCCCUCAUGCACCUCUCCUCGAGCCCCGCCCCGGCUUCCUCCUUAAGCCCCGCCCCUUCCCCGGACCAGCUCCUCCUGUUGGAGCUGGGCGCCGCCGCCAUGCUGCGCAACCUGGUGCACUCGCGGCACCGCGCCAUCGCCGCCGGCAGCGCCGCCGCGUUGCGUAAUCUCCUCUCCGUGAGCCCCGCCCACUUUUCGAUGACGUCGCCCUCGCCGACCGCGACGGCCACGCCCUCUUUGCUCGUUAGAAAGCAGAAAGCCUUAGAGGCGGAGCUUAACUACGCGUCCGAUUCCGGCUGCUUCGACGACGAGGAGCCGGCUAACGCUAGUAGCAUUCAAGCUAGCCAUGCUAACGCUAAUGCUAGCGCUACUGCUAACGCUAACGAGACCUUGCAGAAGUAUUCAGUGGAGAACACGCCCAUCUGCUUCUCGCGCUGCUCCUCGCUCUCCUCCCUCAGCUCGGACUCGGACUCCGCCCCCUCCGAUGACGUCGUCCAGGACACGCCCCUCGUCAUGAGCCGCUGCAGCUCGGUGAGCUCGCUCGGCUCGUUCGGCUCGCCAUCAAUCGCCAGCUCCAUAAUCAGCGACAACUCGGCCGACGACGCCUUGCUCGACGGCAACUUGUCGCCGAGCGACUUGCCCGACAGCCCCGGGCAGACGGCGCCGCCCAGCCGCUGCCGCACGCCGGGAAUCGAACCCUCAACCACCGCCACCACCACGACCACGACGACGACCGACGCUAGCAUCAUUAGCGAGAUCAAGCUAGCGCUGCCGCCGGAUUUGGACUCCGGUCGGAUUUUUACGACGGGGAACUUCUCGUGCGCGUCCAGCCUGAGCGCGCUCCCCGUGCACGAGCACUACGUGCAAAAGGAGGUGGAGCUCAAGCUGACGCCGCUGCACGCUAGCGCUAACGCUAACGCUAACUCCGACGAAGAUAUUGAGAUUUUAAAGGAGUGUAUUAAUUCCGCGAUGCCGGUUAGCGACGCCAGGCGUCUGCGGGAGCUGCGCGCGUUCGCGCUGGCGCGCCGCGCCGCCGCCACGCAGCGCUUGCUGGCGCGCAGCAAGGAGCUCAGCAAGCUCCUCCUACUUCCUGUCGUGGAAGACUCGAGAAAAUACGACGAUUUGUCGUCGAUCAGCGACGCCGAGUCGGAAAAACGCCGGAAAAAAUGGAAGAAGACCAACGCUAACGCUAACAGCGCUAGCAAGGCGCGGGAGCUAGCUAGCUCCAGCGCCGAGUCGGAAGACGACCUCCUGCAGCGCUGCAUCACGUCGGCCAUGCCGAAGCAGCGGCGGAAGAAGCCGGCGAAAUUUAGCAAGGCCUUGCUAGCCGAGGACAGCGACGAGUCGCUGACCAGCACCGAUUGGCGAGCCAUCCGCGAGGGCGCGGCGCGCGUGGUGGACGGGCUGCUGGCGGCGAAACCCGACACCGACGACGAGACGGAGACAGAAGAGGUGAUGUCGUUAGCGUCGAGCUUCACGCCGAAAAACAGGAAGUGGAGCAGCGGCGGCGGCGGCGCUAGCAAGCCGCUGGACUUCGCCGCACGCCGCCCGCGCGGCGCUAGCAUCCCCGUGGUCCUGCGCGGCCGCACCGUCAUCUACACGCCGCCGCGGCGUGACUCCCCGCCGUCGCAGGUCCCUUUAGCAAGCCAGCGCUCCAAGAGCCUCCACCGGUUGGACGCCGCUAGCAUGCUGACGCUAGCGCCGCGCAGCGCCACGCCGCCGCCGCCGCGCAGCUCCUCCUCCGACGACUCGGGCGGCAAGGCGCAGAAGUCGCCGGUGCGAAUCCCGUUCAUGCGGCGCCAGCAGAAGCCGGUGCCGUCGCCGCUGGCGGCGGCUAACGCUAACAACGUCGCGCGGCUCCCGCCGCGGCAGCUAACGUUCAUAAAGGAGCCGCGGGCUAGCAAGGCGGCGGCGGCGGCGCAAGCUAGGCGGACGGGCUCGGACGAGCCGCGCAAGCUAGCGCUGGCGAGGGCGCCGCUAGCGAAGGCGCCGCUGCCGCGGCAACGCGACAACGCUAGCGCGGCGUUCCGCCGCCACGCGUCGUCGCCUAGCAUAGCGUCGCCACGCUCCACGUCGUCCGACUCCAGCGCGAAGACGAGCGCCAGUGGCAGCGCCAGGCUAAAGGACGCGGCCGCCUGGCGGCGGGCCCGCGGCGACAAGCUAACGGCUAGCGCGGCGAGCUUGUCGCCGCAGCGGCGACAGACCAGCGACGCCACGGUGCAGACGGAGGAGACGUUCCGCUCGCCGAGCAAGGCGGCGCGCGUCACGCCGUUCAACUACACGCCCCGCAACGCCAACGCUAACGUUAGCACUGCUAGCGUUAGCGGCGUUAGCGUGUCUGACAAGAAGAAGAAACUGGAAGCUUGCUAAUUUU